GGGUACAGAAUGCCAGAGAAUGUGAGGGAGCCAGGAAGAGGAGAAGGGAGAGAUCCAGCGGAGGAGUGAGACCACCAGGAAGGAAGAGAGAGAGAGAGGAGGGGAGGGGUGUCCAGACUGGACGGACUGGACAGGCCCAGCAGUGCCUUGAUGGAGCAUGGGUCAGGUUAUAGGAUUCUCUCAUUGCAAGGAGUUUGGCUCUGUGUCCUCAACACCUGACUCCACUCCUCCUUGUACAGAUGGUGGCAACGAGGAGUCCGACUUUCCGGAGCUGAUAACAGCGCGGGAGUGGUCUGAGGACGACGAAGGCCCUGAGGAUGAUGAUGGUGGUCUCAGCAGCCCCUCUAUAUGGGGGACCCCACGCCAGAACUCCUUUGAGCUCACAUUCUCCUACAUCGCCUUCUCCGAUGGAGAGGGUUCAUCACGCAGAGACUCGGGCCGGCGCAGGACAGGGGGCAGGGGGAGGCGGGGCUCACUGCAAAGAGUGGACACUUUGGAAACACUCUUACCUCCAGAGUCCCCCACUGCCGUGUGGGACCCACAUACCUUUCUGAGUGGAGAUGGGGAGCAGGAAGUGGAGCAGGCUGGGGAGCAUUCAGAACUGUCCCAGAACAUCCAGAGGACUCUAGAAAACCCCAUUCAAGAUACAUCAGACACUCCUGAUAAAGACACGACAACAGCGGGAGAAGAGGAGGAAAUCUCAGGGAGCCACUCACACUGCGUUACAGAGAGUUUUGAAAUUCAACAGCUCCAUGGAUCAGAGCUCCCUGUCACCACAGAAACCACGGCCACAUCGCAGGCUGAGGACAGGACACGCCUCUCACUUGCUCCAAUUGGUCAAAACACUCAGGAAGAGCUGACCCGAGAACGAUGGAUUUCUACUCUCGACCUAUCAGAGGGCCAGACCAUCCACAUCCAUAUAGCAGUUAUGGACCUGAUCUACUGGAAGGACAUGGAGCGGACGGGCAUGGUCUUCACCGGGUUGGUGGUGGGCCUGCUCUCCCUCUUCCAGCUCAGCAUCAUCACAGUGGUCUCCACUCUUUCACUGGCCAUCAUGUGCUUCACCAUCUCUGUGCGAAUCUACUGCAAACUGCUGCACUCCCUGCAGCUCAGAGAUGGUGCACAUCCCUUCAAGUCAUACCUGGAAAUGGACAUUGGCCUGGUUGGUGAACAAGCUGACCAGUACAUGCAGAGGGGAAUCGUCCUGAUCUACUCUGCUCUGGACACACUGAAGCGCCUGGUUUUUGUUGGAAGCCUGUUUGACUCUCUCAAGUUUCUGCUGCUGGUGUACUUGGUGACGUAUCUGGGAGCCCUGUGCAAUGGCCUUACUCUGCUAAUCAUUGGUGUGAUUGCAGUCUUCUCUGUCCCUCUCUUCUACACUCGACACCAGGAAAAAGUGGACACCAUCUUGGCAACAGUACAAGCCCAUGUUGAUAACAUUAAGGACAUUCUGAGUCGACUGGUCCAGGGUGGUGGUCCUCCUCCUGACCCCACCCCAGGUGGAGCCAAACCCAAAAGUCAAUGAGGUGGAGUCACAGAGAAGCAGAGAAGUCAUCAGAGGAAGAAGGAGGAGCUAUAGGCUGUCACUCAGAUGUCUUAAUCAACUGUUUGGAGCACCACUUUCAGAAUAAUACAGGAUGAAUGAGAUACUUGGCACGAGAAUAAGGAUCUAUAAAUGAUGCACAGAAACCACCGUGGAGGUGCAGUUUGAUUUUAAUGUGUGGUCUUUGGUAAUGUGUGGCUCUUGGGUGAUCAGUGGAAUCCUGAACGUCUGUCUGGAAAGAAUUGGAUGGAAACUGACGAUGUCUUUGAACCAUCAAGCCUUGAACAUGCAGACUGGAGCACCAGAACCUUUUUUUUAAACACGAAUGACUGAAGUCUGCACUAAAGAUGAGCCAAAACCAUGUAGCGCAGGACCAGUUUACCAGGUCAUCCCAGGUCAUCUUUCACUUUUAACAGUUUUAAAGAGAAUGGCGUGUGUGUAUGUGUGCAGUUUUGGACAUGCAGCUGAAUUCCUGUUAACACAUGUGAGAGAUAUUAAAACUACAAUGCCAUUUUA